GUUGCAAGAGAGUGCGACCACCCCAUCAUGUCUGCGCCAGGCGGGGCCCCCAGCCCUGCUCCCCGAAGUGGUAGUCUCGGGCCCGGUGGAGGUAUGCCUUCCCAGCAGCCCAUGGGCGGUCCGUCCACCCCCGUCGGCGCGCCCACCCCGGGCCCUCCGCCGCCGCCCAGCGGUGCCAUGUCGCAGCAGAAUUUGAAUCAGAUUGUCAUCGACUAUUUGGCCAAGAAAGGCUACAGUCGUACGGAGGCCAUGCUGCGCAUGGAGUCCGCAAAUCAAGAGAUUGAUGGCCGUCCUCUCCCCGCCCUGGGUGAAGACGCCCGACCUAAAUACCGACAAGGUUUCGACCUGAUCAAAGUAUGGGUGGAAGAUAACCUGGAUCUGUACAAGCCGGAGCUCAGAAGGGCCCUUUGGCCGCUGUUUGUCUACUCCUUUCUGAACAUGGUGACCUCGUUCUAUCCCCAAGAGGCCAAGCACUUCUUCGAGUCCAACAAGAACCUGUUUCUGCCUGAGCACUCGGAAGACGUGCGCACGCUUGAGCCGAUCGGUCUGCCCGAACAUGUCCAGCACAACUCCACCGCCAAGCUGUACCGCAACAACAAGUACCGCUUGGUUCUCAGCAACCCGGCAUUUUCCAACCUCAUGCAGUUCCUGGAGAGCAAGCAGAAAGAGGGUGGCUCCGUCAUGUCCGCCAUUCUGAGCAGUUUCUGCACGAUCAUCACCCGCGAGCGCGCCGUCGAUGACCGCUUCAGCUUCGCUGCCAUGCUGGGUCAAGCCGGCGCCGGUCACACGUUCCCCACCGAAGAUGAAGGCAUCCCGGGCCACCACCCGGGAUCGGCCUACACGGGCGACAAUCCGGCCAUGGCGGGCACGCUGCCUCGACUUCGUUUGGGCAGACUCCCCAUGGAACAGACGCUCGAAGGGGACGUGAGGGGUGAACUUGCCGACGAAGACGCCAAGAACCCGCCGGCGGCGGGCCAGAAAACCCUCAUCCAGGAGUUAGACCACAUGAUCAAGAAGGAGGACGAUGACGAAGCGCCGACGCGGGCGGAAAUUCCCUACCCGCCGUCCACCGCUCGCGAUGUGGCCAUGGAGGUCCAGAAGGUGAAGGAGAACCGCGACCGAUUCCAGAUCGAGGGUCGGUCGGGCGGUGUCGGUCCGGGCGUCAGUGUCUGCAUGUUCACUUUCCACAACACUUAUGAUGGAGUCAACUGUAUAGAUUUCUCCGACGAUAAUAUGCUCGUCGCAGCUGGCAUGCAAGAGUCAUAUAUCCGCGUCUGGAGCAUGGACGGAAAAAAGAUCCCAACGACAUACGAAAACGUAGACGACGGCUCCGCAUCGAACUCCCGGCGUCUCAUUGGUCACUCAGGCCCGGUCUACGCCGUGGCAUUUGCACCCUCCAUCACCCGUACAGAGAACGCAGUCGCGCCGACAAACACGCGCUGGCUGCUCUCAUCCUCGUCCGACAAAACAAUCCGACUAUGGUCUCUCGACCUCUGGCAAUGCAUGGUCGUCUACAAAGGCCACGACCAGCCCGUCUGGGACCUCCAGUGGGGCCCCUACGGACACUACUUCGUGUCCGCUGGACACGACCGCACCGCGCGCCUAUGGGUAACAGACCACAUCCGCCAGCAGCGCAUCUUCGUCGGCCACGACCAAGACGUCGACUGCGUCGCCUUCCACCCCAACUCAGCCUACGUCUUCACCGGCAGCUCCGACCACACCGUGCGCAUGUGGGCCGUCACAACGGGCAACGCGGUCCGCAUGUUCACCGGCCACACGGGCAACAUCACCGCACUAGCCUGCAGCCGCAACGGCAAACUACUCGCCUCAGCCGACGACCACGGCUCCAUCUUCGUGUGGGACCUCGCCCCGGGCCGCCUCGUCAAGCGCAUGCGCGGCCACGGCAAGGGCGGCAUCUGGUCGCUGAGCUGGAGCGUCGAGUCGACGGUCCUCGUCUCCGGCGGGGCUGACUCCACCGUGCGCGUGUGGGACGUGACAGGGCCGACACCCGACGCGGGCCAGGGCCGCGUCGUAGGUGAGGCAGGCGGCACAGCCACUAAGAUCGAUGGCGGUGCUGCGCCGUCCGGUGCCGCGCAGUCGUCGAGCGCUGUUGGGCCGGGCAUGGGAAAGAAGAAGGGCAAGGAUGUCGUCGUCACGCCGGAUCAGAUUAGCGCUUUUCCGACGAAGAAGAGCCCCGUUUAUAAGGUGAAAUUCACUAAUAUGAAUUUGAUCAUUGCGGGGGGUGCGUAUCUUCCUUGAGCGAUGAUUAUCUCUUGUAUUAUUCUUCUCUUUCUCCUCUUUGCUCCCUCCCCUUCUCUCUUCUGAUUAUGGAUCUGAGACACGACUCUCACAGCCAAGCAAGGAAAAGAAAGACAAGAACAAACCAGGUCAUGGAUUUCACAAUACUAGCAACCUAUCUAGCUAGAUAGAUAGAUACAGGCGUCGGGGGUAGGCUACUAGGCUAGGUUAGCCAGGACGGGUGUUUCUUUUCAUUCAAUUUUUUCU